AUGAGUUGGCUGCUGUUGCUGGCUGCGCUAGCACUGAGCGGCUCCACUGAGGAUCCGGAUUUGGUUUGCUACAGGAACUGCAUCCAAUGCAAUUUCACCUGCACUUGGAGAGCUAAGGCCACGUCAGGAAAUGCCACCUAUAUUCUUAAGUUCUGUUAUCACAGCACCUAUCCCUGCAAGGAAUUCAACACAGCGUCCUCCACUCACUACCGCUUUUCUUAUCGGAAACUGCGGAUCCUACCGAACCUCACUGCCUGGGUGGAAUCCCACAGUGGAGGCAGAGUUGAGAGGACCCAGAACAUCACUUUGCAACUGGAGAAUGCCAUCAAAUUGGAUCCGCUGCCGCCUGAUCAAAUAACAUUCUCUAAAUCCAAUGGUACCCUGACGCUGACACUGCAGCAGCUAGAUAACUGGACUGUCAGAUACGAACCGUUACGAAGGGAAGCUCGGUACAGACGGAUGAAGGGCACUGAAUGGACACAGGUGGAGUGUCAGACACGAGGUGAAUACAAGGGUAACAACAUAACAGUGAUAUGCAACGUGGGAACAACAGCAGCCUGCGAAGUCCAGAUUCGGCACAAAACGGCCCAUUGGAGCAGCUACUGGAGCGACUGGAGCAAAUCCAUCUUUGUUCCUGAGGAAAUUCCAGAGGUGAAUUACACGGUGGGGAGACUCGGGAGGAACGGGCAGAGAAACGUGACGUUCCAUUGGCAGGAAGCCCGUGAGGAGCAGUGGAAAGUCAAUUACAUGCUGGCUGUCUACAUGCCAGCGUGCAGGUGCACAGAGCUGAAGAAGGAGGUCCCUGAAAAGGACGAGACGACGCUGACCUUGGCUCUCUCUGGGGCAGAGUAUCACCUUUCUAUGAGCGCAUCUAACCCAGCAGGGAGAGGUCCUGUGCAGACGUAUCGCAUUCCUCCAGAAUAUCGCACAGAAAUGAGCUUUCUGAACAUCAGCUCGGCUGGCAGCAGCGUGACAGUGCAGUGGGCAGCAAAGACCAAUGGGACCUUCUACUGCUUUGAGAAGCAACCCCUGGAAGAGCUGCAGGAGGACCAAGAGGAAUGUAUCCACAAACAAUUAUUUGAAAAGGACAGCUAUGUGGAUACAGGGACAGUGAAACCCAGGAAGUGUUACAGAAUUGCCAUUCACGGAGGGGGACCAGAGAAGCACUGGACGUUCGGUUCCAUGUACCACUUUGCUACAAACACUUCUUUUGAUGGGCCCAUUCACAUCCGGAACAUCACAGCGAACUCUGCUUUCCUGCUGUGGAAGCCGUCACCGCUCUCCCAAUGCCCCGGCAUGCUGAAGAAAUACAUUAUCUGCUACACAAGUGAGCAGGACAACGGAACGGCCUGUCAUGAAGCGAACUCCUCAGCGACACACUACACCCUACAGGACCUGCAGCCCAGCACCUCCUAUCGAGUUGGGAUUCAGGCAGCCACAGCAGACCGAGAUGGGCCCUGCAGUCCCCAGCACCUGUUUAAGACCACGAAGCUCGGUCCCAACCCUGCAGAGUGGAAGCUCAACCUCCGGUACCUCAGUAUUUUCCUAGGCGUCCCUGUCCUGGCUGUGUUUUACCACUUCAUCAAAAAGAGGGCCAAGAAAGUGCUGUUCCCGCCUCUGCCCAACCCCAUGGACAGCGAAGCCAUCAAGUUCCCAGCUGAGGAGAUGAGCCAGGUGAAGCCCCGGCUAGGCUUUGUGGAGCCAUCAGAGAAAGUCAGCCCCACAGAACCGCUGGUGACCGAAUUUAUCUCAGACAAAGGGGAGCCUGACACGAACACAGAGACUCGCUCACUGCAUCUCUACGCCGGGACUGAAGAAACGGCAGAGAUGUUACAGGCCAAGGAGGGGCAGGCAGGCUCUGAGAAUGACCUGCCAUUUGAGUAUAGAAGGCAGGUGCUUCUGACCCCAGCGGAAGAGGAACAGGAAGAAGAUGAUUUCAGAGAAUUCGCUGGUGUUUGUGGUCAAAAUAACCUUGCCGAAGCAGGCACAGGCCCUUCUCAGCCCCACCCAGAUGAGGGUGCUGCCCUGGAGCGGACAGGGCUCUCUCGGCCUCUGGUGCAGCUCUCCUUGCUGCUCUCAGACAAGCCCGUCAUAAUAAAGAGUGGGGGCAGCUUUGACCUUUGA